GAGAAAUGGAACACACAAUUUUAGUAUCUUAUCGUCAUCCCUCGUCCUAAAACCAAAUCGGAAGCAUCCCCAGAAGCACUAUUCAAAUCUUCCACUCUCGCCAUGGAUACCAUCUCAAGUUCCAUUUCAACCCUCAAAGGCCCUGCCUUUCUGUCAACACUUCCUGAAUUGCAACAUUUAAGGACUCCUCACGUAUCUCAUCAACUCCCUCCUAAUCUUACAACUAAACCCACCUCUUCAAUCUCUAACAGAACCCCAUCCAAGACUAAAACCUUAUCUUUUAAGAAUCUUAACCCUCCACUCUUUUCUAACAUCUCUCAAAGCUCAUCUCAUAACUCAUCUCCACAUAUCCACAGAAACCCUGUCAGUGGCUAUGCCGCCGCACUUGUAGACAUAGCUCGAUGCAAGAGUUCCCUUGACAUAGUCCAAAAUGAUGUGCAGAAAUUAUUGAAGCUGCUUCAAAAUGAGCAAAUCCAAUCUGUUUUGGGUAGCCCGUUUGUGGGUGACAAAGAGAAGGGACAAGUAGUGAAGGAAGUGGCAAAGAGAGGUAAAUUCAAUAGAUAUUUGAUAGGUUUGGUGAAGAUGUUGAUUGAUAGAAAUAAGGUGAUGAUCGUGAGUGAUGUUUUGAUGGAGUUUGAGAGGAUAUGUGAUGAGUUGAGUGGGACAAGAGUGGUUUUGGUUCCGUCUUCUAAAAAGAUGGAGGAAGAUCAGUUGUUUUGGAUUGCCAAGACUGUGCAGAAUCUUACCGGGGCUGUGAAUGUUAAGGUAAAAAAUUUCUUUGAUGAGAAGUUGCCAGCAUUUGUUGCUUAAGUUCAAUUUGAUGUAAAAAAUUGCACAUUUUUUAUUGUAAAUUAGUUAUGGUCGAUUCUUGUGACAAUUGGAUAUAUCUGAACUGGAUAAAGCUCAGUUCUUUUGACAUACAUCUUGUCACUUGCAAUAGCUCGUGCUGCCCAGCAAUUAUUGCUAAAGCCUGCGAUGUUGAAAUGUGUACCCUCGUGAGCUUGACAGAUUAAACUAAAACAUCAACCUUGGAUUAUAUUUCGGACC